AUGCUACCUGUAUCAACGUCAGGAUAUACAGGACCUCGCCCUGCAAGUUCUACACCUGCGUCGGUAGCCGAAGAGGCUCGAAAGAAAGGCAAAAAAAAGUCACUUGUCCGUGCAGCAGGUGGCGAGGUGUGGGAAGAUCCUAGUUUAGCUGAUUGGGACGACAACGACUACAGACUUUUUGCAGGCGAUCUUGGUAAUGAAGUUACCGAAGAAUUACUUUUUAAAGCAUUUUCAAAGUACUCGAGCCUGCAGCGUACUCGCAUUGUGCGGGACAAGAGAACUGGCAAAUCCAGAGGUUAUGGAUUUAUCAGUCUUAAGGAUCCUAAUGAGUUUGUAAAGGCGUGGAGAGAAAUGAACGGAAAAUAUGUUGGAAACCGUCCUAUAAAACUACGCAAGAGUAAUUGGAAGGAUCGUAAUAUGGAUGUUCGUGUCAAAAAAGAGCGCGAACGCGUUGGACCUUACCAGAAAAAUCGAUAG